UCACGCUGCUGACGGCUUCCGCUCCCUUUUUUAACCUAGGCCUGUGUAUGGCCUUCAAUUGAAUCUGCUUCUGCUCCGCCACUCUGCCAUUGGACUCUUGAUAGUCGUCUCCCCACGCUGCUGCUGGGGGGACUUUUUAACAUAGGCCUCUGCCCCUGUACCGCCUCCUCAUGCUGCUGCCAGGCCCGUAAUCUGCCAUGGGCCCCCGUACCGACUCCUCAUGCUGCUGCCAGGCCCGUAAUCUGUCAUGGGCCCCUGUACCGCCUCCUCAUGCUGCUGCCAGGUCCAGAGUGUGUAAUGGGUCCCUGUAUGGCCUCCCAUUGCUGCUGUCU